AUGGCCGACCCGAGCACAUCUCCACCGCUGACGCGGGCCUCGGUGGUGGCGGCGCACGACCUCAUCAAGCCAUAUGUGCACCACACACCGACGCUGACCAAUGCAACAUUGACGCGGCUGGCGAGCACGCCGCGGACCGAGGCCGAGCUGGCGGGCUCCGAGUGGGAGGAGAAGAAGAAGAACAAGGAUGGGUCGACGACUACGAGCGGUGGCGCAAAGCCCAUCAUGCGCCUCUGGUUCAAGUGUGAGAAUCUCCAGAGGAUUGGCGCGUUCAAGGUGCGAGGGGCUUUUCAUGCUAUAGAACGGUUGAAGAGAGAACCCGGAUGGGAGGCUGGCGGCGGAGUAAAUCGGGGCGUUGUGACGCAUAGCUCAGGGAACCACGCGCAAGCCCUGGCCCUUGCCGCCCGGACUAAUGGCAUCCCGGCCUACAUUGUGAUGCCCUCCAUCUCGCCGCCGCCCAAGAUUGCCGCCACGCGCGGCUACGGUGCCAACGUCAUCUUUAGCGGCUCGACCUCGGUCGAGCGCGAGGCCGUCUGCGCCCAGGUCAUCCAGGACACGGGCGCCCGCCUCGUCCCGCCCUAUGACCACCCGGACAUAGUCCUGGGCCAGGGCACGCUGGGUCUCGAGCUGCAAGAAGACGCGGCCCGGAUGAUGGCCGAGGCCGAGAAAGAGGCCUCGACAAGGUCACCACCACCGGCCGACGGCUCGGGCUCGGCGAAAACCACGACGCCUGAUGGACUGAUGCAGCGCGGCGGGGGCAAAAAGGGCCUGGACAUCAUCCUGGCCCCCUGCGGCGGCGGCGGCAUGCUCUCGGGCGUGGCGCUGUCGUGCGAGGGGACGGGGAUCCGCGUCUUUGGGUGCGAGCCCUCGCACGAGGGCGCCGACGACGCCAAGCGCGGCUUCGAGAGCCCCGACGGCCGCCGCGUCGAGGUGGUCAAGACGCUGACCGUGGCCGACGGGCUGCGCACCCCCGUCGGCGCCGUGCCCUGGUCCGUGAUCCGCGAGCGCGGCCUCGUCGAGGGCUUCUACAGCGUCUCCGAGGUCGAGAUCAAGAGGGCCCUCCGCCUCGUCCUGGAGCGCUUCAAAAUGGUUGUCGAACCCAGUGCCUGCGUGCCCUUGGCUGUUGCUUUGUAUAAUGAGGAUUUCCGGGCCCGAAUCCAGAGAGAGUACGGUGACGGUGGUGCCAAUGUGGGCGUUGUGUUUAGUGGAGGAAACCUGGAUCUGGAGGUUCUCGCCAAGAUUGUCAUGGAAGGGAAGACGGAGACGGAGAAGAAGGAGUAA